AAAAAAGUGUACCAUUGCAAGAUUAUUUAAGAACUGCAGGCAGUGGACCAUUAACCAGAAUGUCAAAAGUCUCUGAGAUUUUGUUCUUCUUUGUACUUGUGAGUUUCGUCCACAAACAGGGCUAUACGGCAUAUGUCUGUCAGGAUGGCUGGUCCGGCUUCGGCGAAGAUUGUUACCAGUUUCUUGGUGAAUUUGAAUUUAUACAUGCCGUGACUAUCUGCGCCAAUUUAGGGGCUAAUGUACUGGAACUCCAAAGUUCACUUGAAGAGAAAUGGGUUGAUUUGCAAUGUCGAAUCAGAGAUUGUCUGAGCGGAGCCUGGCUUGGAAUCAGUGACCUUUCUGAGGAGAGGAAGUUUCUGUCAGUGUCACAGGCGAGACCCCCUCAAUACCUUCACUGGGGGUGGGGAGAACUCUUCGACAAAAACAGCGGAGAAAACUGUGUGGCUCUCUCCAAACGCAAGAGAGCGUGGGUCACAACUUCUUGUCUUAGCAAAUAUAACAUUGUGUGCAAGAAACCCAUGUCUUUUAUUUGAGAAUAAAAUAAAAUUGAUCACAAAA